UCUUGAAAGCUCAUAUCUUUGGUGCCACGUAUGCUCAACUUCAAUUGACGUCUUUGACCCAAAGAUAACAUCAUAAAUUCAUAAUAGAAAAUUCCUAUAAAAAAACCUGAAAACCCUUCGCAAAAUCCCAAUCACAUAUGCCGAUUCCCCCAACCCUCUCCUAAUACCAUAGUGUGGAGUGUGGACCAUCAUCAACCAAAUCCCUUCUUCCCAUUUCUUAAUGCUUACCUUGCCAAUUGCCAUCGUUCUCAGUGCAUCACUACACGACACUGCUGUACUACCAAAUCAAAUCCUCUCUCUCACUGCAUCAGAUUUCCACUAACUAAACCGAAUCGAAACUUUUUGUGUCCUUUGUUUAAUGCUUUGAUAUGGCGCCAACGACCGCUAUAUUAACAACACCAUCAAAACGGAGCACAGAAUCACCUCCGACUCUUUCCCCAGCCGAUCCUACACCUCCGUCGAUUUUCCCGGCAAAAACUUCCGUCGAUUUCACCAACAAAGUUACAGUUGCCGAUGGAGGAAAGCUUAACGCUUCGACGCCUGAAUUAUCUGCCAAAAGCUCCGUUGAAGGCACCAACAAGGUCAAUGUCGACGGUGAUGAGAAUGCAAUGGUCGGGAGGAGCCGUCCUAGAGGGAUCGAUCUACCACGACACGACCCCCACCAAUAUCAUGAACAGAUUCCGCUCAAUCUCGCGAAAUUGAAGAACGCGGAUAAUAGACACCCAUCUGUCGCAAUGGGGCAUAACAGCGAUGUAGAAUACAUCGGGAUUACCGAAUCCCCAUCUCCUACAAGUCUUCCUACCAACAACAACAGCAAAAGAAUCUCAAUUUUGCCCCUAAUUUUCCUCAUAUUCUACGAGGUUUCCGGCGGACCUUUUGGCGUCGAGGACAGCGUCCGGGCUGCCGGACCUCUUCUAGCCCUGAUAGGGUUCUUGGUGUUCCCAUUCAUAUGGAGUGUCCCGGAAGCUUUAAUAACCGCUGAAAUGGGUACAAUGUUCCCGGAAGACGGUGGCUACGUCGUUUGGGUGUCAUCGGCGUUAGGACCUUAUUGGGGGUUUCAACAAGGCUGGAUGAAAUGGCUUAGCGGCGUUAUAGACAACGCCCUGUACCCAGUUCUGUUUCUUGAUUAUUUAAAAUCCGGCAUCCCAGCUUUAGCCGAUGGCUACCCUCGAGUUUUAGCCGUUUUAGCCUUAACAAUCGCUCUCACAUACAUGAACUUCAGAGGUCUGACAAUCGUAGGGUGGGUCGCUGUUCUUUUAGGUAUAUUCUCCUUAGUUCCUUUCGUAAUUAUGGGUUUCAUUUCAAUUCCCAAAAUAGAACCACAAAGAUGGCUAGUGGUUGACUUACACGUAGUCGAUUGGAAUCUCUACUUAAACACACUCUUCUGGAACCUUAAUUAUUGGGACUCCAUAAGCACCCUCGCCGGAGAAGUUCACAACCCAAAGAAAACCCUCCCAAAAGCCUUGUUCUACGCCUUAAUCCUAGUUGUCUCCGGCUACUUCCUCCCACUCUUAACAAGCACCGGAGCUGUCCCCCUCCACCGCGACCAAUGGACCGACGGAUACUUCUCCGACGUGGCCAUGAUCGUUGGCGGCGUAUGGCUGAGAUGGUGGAUUCAGGCGGGUGCCGCCAUGUCAAACAUGGGAAUGUUCGUCACCGAAAUGAGCUCCGAUUCCUUCCAACUUCUGGGUAUGGCGGAACGCGGGAUGCUUCCGGAAUUUUUCGCGAAAAGAUCCCGAUACGGGACCCCAUCGGUGGGGAUCUUGUUCUCGGCUUCCGGUGUGAUCUUACUUUCAUGGCUGAGCUUUCAAGAAAUUGUGGCGGCUGAAAACUUUUUAUACUGUUUUGGGAUGAUUUUGGAGUUUAUUGCUUUUGUGAGGUUGAGGAUGAAGUAUCCGGCAGCGUCUAGGCCGUAUAAGAUUCCGGUGGGGACAAUUGGGUCGGUGCUUUUGUGUGUUCCACCGACGAUAUUGAUUUGUGUUGUGUUGGCGCUUUCUUCGAUUAAGGUUUUGGUUGUUAGUAUGAUUGCUAUUGUUAUUGGGCUUGGGUUGCAGCCGUUUUUAAAGCAUGUUGAAAAGAAAAGAUGGGUGAAGUUUUCGACAAGUGCUGAUUUACCGGAGCUUUAUAAUGCUCAUGAGAAUAGUGAAUCUUUGGUUUAUUAG